GAUUAUGAACAUGCAUCGACGUAUUAUUCAGCCAUUAAAACAGCCCUUUUUAGCUCGGUUCCAUACCAAUGCUAUUUCAAGAAACAAACCCCUUUAUUCGUCAUUUGAUAAUACAGGUACCUCUUUACCUACUCAAUUACGUGAGAAAUGGCAUAUGACAGGUCAUUUGCCUGCUACAGUCGAAAGUAUGGAAAAACAAGCAGACCGAGCAUUAAAACUGGUGCGUUCUAAAUCAACACCUUUGGAGAAAUACAUGACCAUGGCUCAACUACGUAGUACGCAUACGCGCUUGUUUUAUAAACUCAUUCAUGACCAUAUCGAGGAAUUUGCCCCUAUUAUCUAUACGCCUACGGUUGGAGAAGCAUGUCAAAAGUAUUCUGACAUUUAUCCAUUUUUAAACCCACCAGGUGCCCCUGAUGGACUCUAUAUUACCUUGAAUGAUUUGCCUCACUUGAAAGGCAUAUUGGAGUGUUACAAGCAACGGUCAGAAGGCGUACCCGAUAUUGCAGUCCUGACAGAUGGUUCUCGUAUCUUGGGUCUAGGUGAUCUCGGCAUCAAUGGUAUGCCUAUCAGCAUGGGCAAAUUACAACUGUAUGUGGCUGGUGCAGGUAUGGAUCCCAGAAAGACAUUGCCUAUCGUUCUGGACUUUGGUACCAACAAUGAAAUGAACAUGAUGGACGAGUUCUAUUUAGGUGUUCGAGACAAACGACCUGACGAUCCUGGUUUUUAUGAUGCGAUGGAUCGUGUCUUACAAGCACUCCACGACGUCUUUCCUGACAUGUUGAUCCAGUUUGAAGACUUCUCGAGUGCUCAUGCGUUUGGACUCUUGAAGCAAUACCGACAUAAACUACUUUGCUUUAAUGACGAUAUUCAAGGCACAGGUGCUGUUGUUUUGGCUGGUCUGAUCAACGCGUUCCGAAAAGUGCAAAAAGAAUCCAAGGUCCAUAUCCGUGACCACCGUAUCUUGUUCUAUGGUGCUGGUUCAGCUGCUAUUGGUGUUGCAAAGCAAAUUCAACGUUACUUGGAAACAGAACAUGGUCUAACCGAACAAGAAGCCAAAGACGUCUUUUAUGUAUGUGACUCAAAAGGUCUGAUCACCUUGGAUCGAGGAGAUACGUUAGCAGAACAUAAAGUGUAUUAUGCUCGUCAAGACAACCAAGGACACCAAUAUGCCACAUUAGACGCCAUUGUUGAUGUUGUCAAGCCAACCACACUAAUCGGUCUCUCUUCCACACCCAAUGCGUUUAAUCCCCACAUACUUUCAAUGAUGUGUCAAUGGAAUAAUCAGCCUAUCGUGUUUCCUCUCUCAAACCCUGCCACCAAAGCCGAAUGUACUUUUGAAGAUGCCAUGAAAGCAACCGACAACAAAGUGAUUUUUGCUUCAGGCACAGCUUUCCCAGCGUACGUGGUGCCAGAAACAAAGCAAGUCAAGAUGCCUGGUCAAGGUAACAACAUGUAUAUCUUUCCUGGGUUAGGAUUGGGUGCUGUCUUGGCCAAGAGUCGGUCUGUGUCUGAUGAUAUGCUUUCUGCUGCUUCUAUGGCUUUAGCAGACUCACUUUCCAAGGAAGAACGCCAACAAGGAUGGUUGUAUCCCUCCCUUGUUCGUAUUCGACAAGUGUCUGCUUCAGUAGCCACUGCUGUCAUGAAACAAGCCAUUCAAGAAGGACUUGCGAAACAAAAAGUGCCUCAGACCAAGGCAUUUGUUACAUCUCAAAUGUGGUCGCCUGAAAAAUAAUAAUAAUAAAAUUUUCCUCCCCCCGCUGCAUAGAAUU